AUGGAUACUCCGGAAAAUUUGAAUGUUUUAGCACCGAAAAAACGUGAAACGCUGCAGAGCUUUCGGCAGCGUGCUCUUAUAAAGGAUGAUGAUGUUAUAGCAGGCCUAGCUGAGUGCCCAUACGAACAACAGGAUACCAACUUUAGCCGUGAAAGCAGCGUAAGUCGUUCACAGUCUACGUGUGAGCAGGGGGAUUUGAUCGAUGCGGAUGAUUCCAUUUCCGAUGAUUUAGACCUCACUGACGAUAUGGAGGAAAGAAGUGAUACGCCUGUGCCAGAUACAGGCAUGCAUAAUGCAUCGAACGAAUCAAGCGGAACUCCUUUGAAUCCGAUGCCACCUUCCAGACGAUCUUCGGUUCCUCCGAUUGAUGGUUUGAGCCAACACGAAUCAGCGAGAAAACCAUACGAUCGAACAAACAGCAACGGCAAUGGUCUUUGCACCAUCGGAUUAAUCGCCGCUAUUGUGAUUGUAGUUAUAGCUUCUAUAUCACGACAAUGUCAACCUUAUAGCAGCGGAAAUGUUACGCCUAUUAAGCAACCAUCUUCAACUUGUGAAGCAAUUUUUAAACUAGAAGAGCGGUACACAACGAUCGAUGAAAAUCUCUGGGAUUUGUUGAAUGUAGUUGUGCAUCGGGCAACUACGCAUGAUAAAAAGCCUCAACCUGGAACGAUUUUAUUCCUCCACUAUGGACCCACGGUCAUACUGGAUGGUUUCAUCCACAGCGUAUCUAACAUAACGGCCAGUUGCUUUGGAGGAUCGGAACCAAUCACGCUGGUCGGUAAAUACUUCAAGCAGCCUGACUUCCAAGAAGACUACGGUGUGAUUGUUUCCCAGCAAAAAGAGGCAUUACUCAAGCAUGGAGUGAUGGUGGUACGAAAUUUUGAAGACGUUCCGGCAUUGGCUGCCCAGGCAUUUCAUACGAUUUGCGACACCGAGGAACCGUUAGUGCAUAGAGCAGUUAUUUAUCUCACGUUGGAUAUGCUCAAAGCGUCCAAUGUGUCGAAACCACCUAGUGAGCAAAGUGCUACAGCAGAAGCAGAAAAACUGCUACGUGAAUUAUGGAAGGAUUCUAUGGGUCCCGCAUUUCUUGAACCCUUGAUCACUCGACUGACGGAGAAUGUGUACCGUAUUGUUUGA